AUGUCGAUCACCAACUUCAUUCUAUGCGCCCUUCUUUUAUGGAGCCCUUUGGUGCUCGUUGAUGCCAAGCCAGCGAGUUCCAUGCUGGCGAAGAGAGGCAUAUUCCAUGUCACUUUAUGUGUUAAACAGGACGCUGCUCAAGCUUGUAAGGACGGUUGGAGUGGAUGUUGUACUCAAUGUUGUAAACACGUGGUAGCGGAUGAUAUGCCCGGAACUGCGAAUCGAGAGGAUUGGAACGAUGCUUGUGAAUGUCACGUGGCAAUUGAUUCUCCUCCAGCCCCAGUCUCAACACCCCCAGUGAUCAUACCACCUCCAGCGAUCAUCACUCCAACGCCGCCAGCACCACCACCGGCUUCGAACGGAUCAUCUUCAGGCUGGGCUUAUAGCGUGGCAAAUGUCACACUAACAGCCGUUCCGGUCGCUUAUUCAGGUGCACCUCCACCAGGAACCACAACAUACUACGUUCACAAUCCAGUAGCUGGAAUGGCAAAUCAAGCUUAUUUUGUUACUGGACUAAAUCCUGGUGGUCCACUUAGUCUCACUUAUGGUCCCCCACCACCAGAUACCAUUAUUUACUACGUUCCUAAUCCCACACAUUCUUGA